CAGGACAAUACAAUAUUAUAGUUUACUUUCACGGAUUACUAUUUUCCUAAAUCUAUUUCGUUUAUCUCAAAUGAGAAAGGAUAUUCAACCAUGUCUCAAAGGUAUGAUCAUAAUCAAGCUGGACCGAGCAAUAGUAGGGAGAGACACCAUCCAGAUCACUUUUUAGAAGAUCAUGUGUUACGUUUAAGCGACAACGAAGUUGGUGGGCUCGCUGGAAAUAGAGAAAACCAAGUUGAUUUUAGACUACGAAGGUACAUGGUACCGGUACGUAGGAUGGGAUUACAGCAUAGACGUGGGGCAAGGGCACGUCUCCGAGCGGAAAGAUUUCAGCAAAGUAGUCAUCACUCUCGUGCUCCACUCAAUGAAAAUGAGCAAGAUGGGGGUCCGGUUGAUAGUGUUGCGUUUCCCCCUUCUCCUGCUGGAUUUUCUUCUGAUUCCCUUGCGGAUGAUUCCGAUUUCAGCAGUUAUUCUGAUUUUGAUGAUGGAUUUGUCAGACGUGGAGGCUUUCAUGUUCGACAGCACGGACAUAACUCUGCUGAUAAUGCUGAUCGUGCUCGCAGAAUUAUAGUUGAAGCAAGCCCAUCUGCCAAUAGUGAUAUACCAAGUACAAGCAGAGGCCCUAGAAAUUCUGAAAAUUCUGUUGCCCGUGGAAACAAACGACCUCUAAGCAGUUCAAGUGAUUCAUGUGUUGAAACUGGAUUCACAAUUAACAGUAAUUUUGAUGCAUUAAGUACAAGUCGCUUUGUCUUACCUCUUGCGAGAAACCUCCAAAGAUUGAGAGGUAAUGAAGAAUUUACCGAUGUAAAAUUAGUUGUGGAAGAUAAGGAAAUAGCUUGUCAUCGUGUCGUAUUGGCAGCUUGCAGUCAAUAUUUCCACGCCUUACUUAGUUCUAAUAUGAAAGAAGGCAGAGCAGAAAAAGUCACCAUUCAAGGCCAUAAGUUUGAAAUUGUGGAAAUGAUUGUUAAACAUGUUUACGCACAGUCAAUACAAAUCAAAAGCGAUAAUGUUCAAGAUAUUGUCGAAGCCGCUGAUUAUUUUCAACUGGAUCAGUUAAAAUCAAGUUGUGAGAAUUUCCUUUUACGACAAGUCGCGGAAACUAAUUGUCUCGGUUUAAUGCAGUUUGGCGAACUUCAUUCUCUCGAUUCAUUGACUGCGAGAGCGAAAAAAUUCGCACUUGUCAAUUUUCGAAAAGUCUCUCAACAAGAGGAGUUUAUAAGACUUCCGCCAAGUGUAUUGAUGUGGUAUUUAUCGGACGAUGCUUUGUCUGUGCAAAGAGAAGAACAUGUUUUUCAAGCAGCUAUUUCAUGGCUACAAUUCAGCGAAGCAAGGGAUGAACACACCGUUGAUAUUCUGAAAUGUGUGAGAUUGUUAUUUGUCAGUCCGCAUUUUCUUUUCGACACCAUUGCAAAGCAUUCGUUUUUAAAAGGAAAGCCAGCGGUCCAAGAUUUAGUUUCUGAAGCAUGUAAAUACCACGCACUUGGUUGUAAUGAGUGGAAACAAAUGCAACAGCCGCAUACCAGACCCAGAAAAUCAUCACGAAUUACCGAAGUUUUAUUUAUUGUUGGGGGUAUAUGUAACAACAGAAGACUACAUCAUGCUGAAUACUAUCAUCCUAAGAAAGGAUGGAUCGCCUUGGCAGACAUUGUUACAGCACAUUGUACAAUGCACAGUUACAGCGUAUGUGCAAUGAAGAACAAUGUAUAUGUCACAGGCGGGCAUAGUAAUUCUGGAAUAACAGCUAAUGCGGCUUCACUUUAUUCAUCUAAUAUUAAUCAGUGGAGCGAAUUGGCCAGCAUGAUUUGUGCUAGAGAACGGCAUGGUUCAGCAACCGCAGAUGGGGCUGUUUAUGUUGCCGGAGGUUUAAUGGCGUCACAGAAAGGUCGUAAGAAACCAAUUGUGCUUGAUCAAGUUGAACGAUACCGACCCGCUUUCAACCAAUGGGAGUCAGUAAAGCCGCUGCCCAAACGUUGUUAUUCUCCUGGCGUUAUAUCAUAUAAAGAAAAGCUUUAUGUUAUUGGUGGUGUUAGCAUGACUGACGAACCAAGCAAUUCAAGCAAAAUUAUCUUGAACUGUAUCCAAUGCUACGAUCCACUUAUCGAUAAAUGGUCUCUUCUACCACUAGGUCAACCAUUGGCACGAUUAUGCUGUACGCUAUAUCAAGACAAGAUUUAUAUGAUAUCAAAUAAUGCGAGUGAGAUAUUCCGUUAUGAUCCAAACACCCAAACUCUUGAGGAGUGGCAGCAUCUACCAGAACCUGGUUUAGAGUUUGCUGGACUCGCAACUUUCAAUGGAAACCUUGUCAUUACUGGAGGUCAGAAGGAAAGCAACACUUUGAAUAAAAUGUUUGUCAUUAGUUAUGAUACCAAGGAAGUUAUAGAAACGGUCAAUAUGACAAGAUCACUCUGCAUGCAUGGCUGUGUGGCUAUCGACAAAUUUGGAUAGCGCAAAGAAAGUGGGUCAAUCACAUAUAUGAAAAUUUUAAUUUUUUUGUAAUUAUAUUCUGCCAUUCAAACAUGAAGCUGUGCAUCUAUGUACAAAAAUAUACGUUAUUUUGCUAAUAUUAUGGCUCUCAGCCUGUUCAUGAUUUAUAGUGUAUAGCUGAGGAUUGCAAUACAAUAAUAUGUCUCAUAUCCAAAAUGAUUGAGUAAAAUAAAACUUCAAUUGGACCUUGCCUUAAGGUUCAAGAUUCGAAUCUUCUUUUCUUUUAAUUUUCAGCUGAAUUACUAUUUUAUUGUUAAAUCGAUAAACAGACAAGUCAUCAAUAUUAGAUAUAUUCUGUAAUAGAUUCUUAGUUCUAUCCAUACCACUUCCUAAAAACUGGUGUCGCAUUGCAAUUUUAGGGUGAUAUUUUGCUAUAGGUUUUUGAAUGAUAAAUUUUGUUUCUUCCAUCUCUUUCUACAUAUUUUGACUUCAAUGCAAGAGUGAUUGUGGCAUUAUUUCAAGUAAUCUUCUACAAAGAAAUAUAGCCAUUCACUCUGCUUGAAUAUGAAACAAUUGUCAUUAUUUUUAUAUUUUUGUGGUGGGCUGCAUAGAGAAAUUCGAAAAACUUUCAUUUUCAUCCAUGCUCAUCCAAUUCCAGUGAGUGAGUCUCACAAAUUCUUGAGGGAAAGAGAAAUUUGAGUUGAGCGUAUGCCAUAGAAAUUGCCAAGGCAAACACUCGAUGUUUCGUGAAAGUUCAUGAAACGCAGAUCCUACUAACCUAUAUGCUGAAUGCUAUUUUUGCAGCGUCUUUUGUUUAUUACACUUUUCUUUGAACAUUUUGAUGUUAUAAAAUGUUGCUUGGUAAUCAAACAAUCUUUGACAGAAUUUCUAUACUUGGUUGUUCUUUAUUUUUUCUUUUCACACUGUUUAAAAGUUCCGCAUAAAUUUUUUUUGUUAUUAAUUUUUCACAAGAGUUUGUUAUUCGUCCUCUAUGUAACUAUAUCUAUUUUAAUCUAGCCUGGGCAAUAAUAAUAACAAAACUGAUAUCGAAAUGUUAAAUUGGAAUUUAUGAUGAUGAUACCAUAUUAGAUGAAACUGAGGAGUAGCUCCACUUCCAAACAAUGUUAUUCGUUCACAUGCAUAAUUUUCUUCUUUCUCUUUAACAAAUCAUAAAAUCUUUUUUCGGUUCAGAAUGUUUUUUUGUAAUAUUUAAUUUCUAAUAUCAAUUUGAAAGUUUUCAGUUAAAUUUGUGUAAAUUGAAAGUUUGAUGCUUCAUUUUGAAACCAUUAUCAUGGUAGUAGUCACUAGUCACAACCAAAAACAUCAAUGGUCAUUCAUGCUCCUGUUCGCAACUAUUGCAAUUUCAGAUCAGCUCCCCAGGUUACCUUGGAUAUCAAUAUCCUUUUAGUGUAGUAUCGUAACUUUAUAUACCCAACCUAAGAUAAACAUUUUUGGAACAAUUCAUUAUGUAUGGUAAAUUUUACUUUAUGAAAUAGGAUAAAUUCAACACAUUAAUCCAACUUUGUUUAAACUUAAAUCUCAGGACACAUUCCUGUCAUUUUGUUGUUUCAUUAAAGGUGGCUAAAUAAAAUUUAAGAAAAACUUUA